ACAGAGACCUAACGUAAAGAAUUUUGCUUCUCAUGUAUAUGAGGGAUGUAAGUAAUGAAGUUAAUACAAUUGGAAAUGCACAAACACAGACUCGAACAAAAAUACAACAGAGGGACCGAGAUCAGGAUGGAAACGGUAAAAUGAGCACGUUGCUCAUGUACGAACACGAGAAAAUCUGAAGUUGUUGGCAAUCCAGGGUAACACAAGGAAAUCUAGGAAAAGAUCUAGGAAAAGAAGGUUUAACACAGAGACAUCUGCACCUUGUGAGUUGUCCUGUGAGGAAAGGUCUGUGAUCUUGGCCUUUUUCAGUGAUUGAGAAGAAUUCGACAUGACCUAAGUUUACACGGUGGUCUAUUUGAUUGUAUCCGUAGUAGUUUGGUAAAACCAGUGGGGAUAUUUAAUGAGAAAUAAAGUAUCCUUCUCUCCCCCUUUCUCUCCCCCCAUUCUCUCCCCCUCUCUCUCCUCCCGUCUCUGGAAUUGCCUCCUCAACAUUCAGCAGAAGCAGAUUGUUACAAUUAAUCCUGUAAUCUCUGCAUUGUAAAUUCCACUGCCAGGUGCAUGUCUGUUUCCCUUAAAUACAUGCGCACAGAAAAAGAGCAUCCAUGUCCGUAAUGCCACACAGUUUUAAAGACGAUAUUGAACAGGAUAAACACUGGAAAUCCUCUCCUGACGAGGGACGUAUUGAAACACCACAACGUUCCCCACCCAGUACGGUCUCUGUGUGUACUUGGUGCUGAGCUUCUGUUUCUGUUCCAGCGAGUCCGAGUCCCUGAACUUAGUGGGUGCAAACAGUAAGUGAACACGCCGUGAGCAAUAUUCAGUUGAUAACACACAUAUAAACCUGAGCUUCACAUCAUUCAGCAUAUAAUUCCACACCCUGAUCCACAACGCAUUAAGUAUAUGACACAAAAGCUGAUUCAAGCAAAUGAUUCUAUUGUGCUGUUCGGUAAGUUCGUAGAAUGCACAACAUUAGUAGUUGUUGUUCACAGAGAAGAUUAUCGUAGCAUAUAUGGGAUUUAAAUGGACACGGGGUGGUAAUCAGAUUGCAAAACCAACCCGAGCAGUAGCGGGUUCAGGCAGAUGUUGGGGAUUAUAUCGAGGAAACAGCCAGAGGAAGUGGAUGAGGCAGGCGCAGUCGAUUACUUCAAAAAGCAGCUGGGAUGCGUUGAUGGAGUGAAAAGGCCAGAAGGGAAAUGGGCCCAUCACAGGAAAUUGUGACCAUCUCAGCGGGCACUGUGGUUGGCAUUGACUCGUUGGGCAGAACGCUCUGAAUUUGGACUCUAUUGCUCUUUGAGAUUGUCAGUAGAUGCGCCAGGUAUCAGCGGAGAGACAUAGACAUCGUGUGGAAGGUGUUGUUAAUGGGGAAUGCUUGGUCCCCAAGCCAACUGCUUCUCUGAUACAGGGGAUGAAGAUACUGUCAUAUUUGCAAAGUAAUCGGACUCUCUCUGACACACGGUCUGCUUGUUGUUUAAUUCACAACAUCACCAGCAGGUGGAGGUUUCCAGAACCGGGACCAGGAUGUGAACAAGACGACGAUCAACAAUCGUCAGUCAGAAUCAGAAUGGACAAAGUUGGGAAAUUGAAACGAGCAGCGAUAGGACUGAAGAGGAUUUUAUCAGGCGGAUCAUCGAGGGAAGAUGAUCGGGACACGGGAAGCAAGGUACCAAAUCAGGGUCAGAUUAAGAGCAACGUCCCAAUGGAAAGUGGUCCCGCCGCAGAGGAGGAGGAGCAAAUUCAGCCCGGAGACAGUGAUGUCAGCGACACCGAUCAGGACCCUGGAACCAGCACAAGUGAGGCGACCGCCUGUCAGCUCGGAAGCUUAUUGAACAUGGAAUUGUCAAGUCCCCAACAAGGAGCAGAGUCAGAGUUUACAAUCUCCGACCUCCUGGCGGAGGGGGAGGAAUACCGACUGUACCAACAGACAAAGUUCUACAGAGACAGACUCCAACAAGCGAUUGAAGAAAAGGUUGAGAGACUCGGUAUAAUGUUGUCAGAGGCGGGACAUCUCAGUAGAGAAGAAAAUGAGAGCAAUGACCUAAGCCCAUCCAUAUUCAGUUGCAUCAUCAAUUACCUUAAUUCCAUUAUCGCUGUAUGUUGCUUGAAGAUUAUUCGAUGUGUAAUUCAUAAUUCUUCAGUUAAUGAGGGAGCCCAAGCCCGCAUUCAGGAAGUGAUAACCAUUUUACAGCAUGAGUGCCAGGCAGUAACCAUCUUCAUCAUGAGACAGCCGCACUGA